AUGGCUACGAAUUCAAGCACUCAGGAGGAAACCCUUCCGACCUUAUCUUCUCCAACCCCAUCUCCAGAUCCAACCUCCAAGCAGGACGAUCUCGACCCUCCAACCACCUCAGCAACAGCAACAGCACCACCUUACUCCCCAAUCUACGCCACCGCCGAACCAGCCAGUAUGCCCUCACAACCCGCCUCAGCACCAACCGACCCCCCAACAGCCCCUAUACACCCGCCCCCAGAACCAGCUACUGCCACCAGUACCACGACUACGGCUACUAAUACCUCACCACCACCACCACAACCCGGAGCUCAACCACAUCCUCCACCAGCAACCCAAGAACCAACAGAACCAUCUCCUUCGAACCCUCCACCACCCAAACCAGCCGAUAUCCCGCAAGCGCAACCACAAGCACCGUUCGCGGCAAGUACCCAGUCUAACCCUACUACUAUUACUACUACUGCUUCUCCCCCUCCUACUACUAUUACUGCUACUACAUCCACCUCUCCCCCAACUACCGCUUCAAACCCAAAUCUCAGAUCUGGGUACAGCUACAGCUACUCCCCAUCAUCCUUAACACAACGACAUCCCAAUCCGCACAUUCAACCGCAAGCUGCAGUUCCGAAUUCAACGUCCACACCCUACGCAUCUCUCUACCAGCCGCCAACGAGUACAGUGAACAAUACAUCUCUUUCGGGCAGUCGGUCCCAGUUACCGCUGCACUAUACCUCUGGGAACACGGAAAUAGGGACUGGUGAAUCGGGAUUUCUUGACAAUGCCAAGGCGUGGUUCUGGAGCGCGGGGAAUAAGUUGGCGGAGGUUGAAGCUGAGGUUUGGAGGAGGAUUAAUGAAGCUCAUGAUAAGUAG